CAGUCGCAGUUCCUAGUGGUGGCAGGGGCGACGGCUGUGCUGGAUCUUGCUGCCUCCGCCGCCGCGCUCGCUGGCUGGCGGGUGUAUGCCUGCCCUUGGCCAUGUCGUAUCCUCAGGGUUAUUUGUACCAGCCGUCGGCUUCCUUGGCUCUCUAUUCCUGCCCGGCGUACAGCACCAGUGUGAUCUCCGGCCCCAGGACGGAUGAGCUGGGCAGAUCGUCGUCCGGCUCGGCUUUUUCUCCUUACGCCGGCUCCACCGCCUUUAGCGCUCCUUCGCCGGGUUACAACUCCCACCUCCAGUACAGCGCUGACCCAGCGGCCGCGGCGGCCGCGGCGGCCGCCUUCUCCUCUUACGUGGGCUCGCCCUACGACCACACCCCUGGCAUGGCCGGCUCUUUGGGCUACCACCCUUACGCGGCUCCCUUGGGAUCCUACCCCUACGGCGACCCGGCCUACCGGAAGAACGCCACCCGGGAUGCCACGGCCACUCUCAAGGCCUGGCUGAACGAGCACCGGAAAAACCCUUACCCAACCAAAGGCGAGAAGAUCAUGCUGGCCAUCAUCACCAAGAUGACCCUCACGCAGGUCUCCACCUGGUUCGCCAACGCCCGGCGGCGCCUCAAGAAGGAGAACAAGAUGACCUGGACGCCCCGGAACCGGAGCGAAGACGAGGAGGAAGAAGAAAACAUCGACCUGGAGAAAAACGACGAGGAGGAGCCGCAGAAGCUCGAGGAGAAGGCAGCGUUGGAGGCGGCGGAGAUCAGUGCUGCAGACCAGAAGGGCGCCGCGUCCGGCAAGGAGGCCGACGGCGCCUUGAGCGACUCGGAUUGUAAGGAAGCCCCGGAGGAGGCGCUGUCCACAGGAGUCCCCGGGGCCUCGCCGCCUUUGGCCCACUGCCUGCCUACAGGCCGUCGCCUGCUCCAAGCGCACCACCCGCAGCAGCUGCACCCGGCCGGUGGCGAGGAUUCCCAGCCUCCUCAUCCUCCACCAGCCCAGUACAGACCCCCUUCGACGGACCUGCACCCCGUCCUGCCUUCCAGCAACGGCACAUCGGUGAUCCAUUCCCCUCCGGCGCCCCCGCAGGUGGCGGCGGCCGGCCCCGGGUCCCUUUCUAAGCCUAAACUGUGGUCCUUGGCGGAGAUCGCCACCUCAGCGGACAAAGCCAAGGAGGGCAGCGGAGAGGCGACUCCGCAGGCUCCGAGUUUAGCCGGAGCUGGGUCGGCUCAAUCCCCGACGGCGCGGUCGCCGUCCUCCACGCACUGUCCUUUCCCCAACGGCGCCUCGGUCCUCUCGCGGCCGCUCUAUUACACCACUAGCCCCUUUUACCCGGGUUACACGAACUACAGCUCUUUCGGACACCUCUCCAGCAACGCGGCAACGGCGGGCAGCGCCAGCCCCCAUUUUAACGGAUUAAACCAGACUCUUUUGAACAGAGCGGAAGCCUUGGCUAAAGAAAGUAAAAUCCUCAGAAGCCAAUCCCAGUUUGAUCUUAGCAAAGACUCGCCUUACGAACUGAAGAAAGGUACGUCCCAUAUUUAAUCUUGAGUUUCUUAAAUCCACCUUAAACCUCUUUUCACAGAAUCCAUCAUGGGACUUCCCUUUAACAAAAAGAAACGUGGUUCAUUUCUUCCGGGUUUUUUUUUAUUGCUGUUGAUUUUAAUUUAUUUGCAACCAAUCCAGACUUGAUUUUGGCAGUUGUUUACCAAGCCAACGAAGAAGAAGCACUGCUGCCUUAGGGAGAGGAAGGAAGAGAGGGAAAAAACCCAAACCACUCCAAUUUCCACAGUUAAUGUUAGAAUUUAUUGGAGAAAGCAGAAAGUAAACAGCUCCUAGGAGUAAAAAAAAAAGUCUUAAAAUAAAACUUCAGGAUGCAAAGAGAGAAAAAAAGAUACCCACACAUAACGGGGGAGGAAGCAGAAGUAAUUUGUAUGAAAUGUUAUUCUGUAUAUUUAAUGUAGCUCUUUUUUAUAUUUAAAUCGGUAACACAAUAUCUUUGAAGUAAAUUAUGAAAUCCAACCGCCUGUACAGCCAUUAAUGUUGGUCUUUUUGGUAAUAUAAAUAUGAAUAUAAAUAUGAAUAUAAAUACGAAUAUAUAUAU